GGCAUGGAUACGUUCAAAUCCUUCCGACUUGGAAAAGAGUAUACGCUAGUUGCGUUAUAGAUUGCCUAAGGAAUGAACGGAGACUUGGGCUGCUGCGUCUUCGUAUGAAUAGGUAGAUACCUGGUACAUAUAUUCGUCUUAUAGGACUCCCAUUAGAUAAUGUGGAACGAGGAUUUCUCAUAGCCGCAGUGGUCCAACCUAUCAACUUCGUCUUGUCUCACAAGCUUUGAGAUCCCCUUUUCUCUUUCCCCUUACAACUUCCAUGUAAGUAAGCACAAACAUAGAAAUUGCAUGAAUCAAAGCAUCUCGACCGAGUUCGGUCGUCGGCUGAAAGCUCGAGAGAACUGUCAGAUAUUGCGCAUGAAGAUGACGACAGGAGCAACUACGAUGUAACAAACGAGAUAUAUCCAAGGAUAAUGUUAGCGAUUAUGUAUACAACAAUCACGUCGCCGUCGAGUAUAAAGAUAGAGAUAUCUGCUGCUUCGGAGCAGUAAUAUUUUACAGAACAGCAUCCUCAUCUACUCCUAACACUCAAUACUCAACACUCAUCACUCAUAACCAUUUACAACAAACACAAUCUUCAAGAUGUCCGGACUCAUCAAGUACACCGUCGAGCACUACAAGAAGGCUGGUGUCUCAGACGCCGACUUCGUCAACUGGUUCAAGGAGGUCCAAGUUGCCAACGGCCUUCCCUUGAUCAAGAAGCACGGCAUCGUCAAGUACGCCAUUCACUUCCGCGACGCUCAGCUGAGCACCGCAUUCCGAGCUGAGCUGGACAAGGUCCGCCCUGAGUGGGAGGUCAGCGACGCCGAUAUCACUAUCGAGUACUACCUUCCCGACAUCUACUUGAUCCAGAACCUCCUCGCCGACCCCGAGUGGGAAAGCAAGGCCGCCAAGGACCAGGCCAACUUCGUCGACCUGUCCAGGUCCACCAUCCACAUCGGCUACGAGACCGUCUUCUUGGAGAACUAAGUCGGAGUUGAAUGGAAUCGGGCUUAGAAAUGUCAGAUAUCUAGUCACGAUGUAUAUGAGAUGUCACUGCGCUGCUUUGGAUGAUGUCUAGAAAUAUAGAGAUUGAUUGCCGC